CUGGUCAGACCCAUUUCCAUUUUCUAUUUUGAGCAGCAAGGCCCCUUGGUCCAGCAACUGUUUUCCCGAGAACUGUUGUAAUUUCCCGCAGGGUGAUUAUGCAAAUAUGGGCUUCACUGAUCAUUCUCCGCUCUCCUGCAGAAGCCACUGGUAGAGUCUGCCUUGGAGGGGAAGGGUGAUUGAAAGACUAGAGAUAUCAGAGGUCAGUUUCUGAGGAGGUGCAAUCCAGGUGGAGAGAGACACCACGCAGCAUGAAAGUUAUUCUCCUGGUUUCCACGCUAAUUCUGCUCCAUAUUGUUCUCCAGCCGGCAUCAUCUGCAGCAGGGGCUCUGCAUUCCCCCAAACUCUCUGUAGAGCCACAGUAUCCUGAAUAUUUUGAAGACGAGAGGCUUGUGCUCAUAUGCUCAGCAUUUCCAAACAUGACUGUGGAGGGAUACAGGUUCUUCAAUCAGGAAGGACAGCAGAUCUUCAAAAUGACUGUUGACUCUUAUCGAACGGGCAAGCUGGUUUUUAAGGCUCAAAUGAACAACACCGGAAAUUACAGCUGCGAUUACUGGCUGGGGACACCUGGUACAGAGUUCUCGUCUCCACAAAGCGAUUUCAUCUCCCUACUAGUGAAAGAGGCCCCUGCAGCCCCUUCCCUCUCUUUAUAUCCCCAACUCCACGAUUACAGCCUGGGAGAUUUGGUCAGCCUCGUGUGCUCAGCUCCAUCUGAAACAGAUGAAAUCAAGGAGUUCCAGUAUUAUGGUGACAGAGUGGGUGUCUCAGCUGUGCCUCGACGUGGCAGCAGCAUCUACAAGUACAACAUGAGCAUCGUGGAACCCAAGAACGUGGGGGACUUCAGAUGUUCAUACGCACUGCCCCUUUCUGGACGAAAGGUUCUUUCAAAGAGGAGUAACACUGUUACUAUUAUUGGACCGGGUGCCAGAUGGGGACGGAUGUUGGGCAUCGGCGGGUCUUUCUUCGCCAUCAACGGUCUCAUCUUCUUUAUCUCCCACUUGUGUUUUUAAACCACAAGCCUCCAGAUGACUAAAGUAGCCACUUAGCCUGGCUGAUUACAGCGUACCCUGUCAGCUUGUCUUCAACCAGAUUGUCAUCUCUUGAUUCAUUCACCAAAUGAUCCUGCUUCCCUCCACAAGCCUCAUAUGAGGGAGAAAAAUCUGGACCCUUCUAUUAAAACAGCAUAAAGAGGGGGCAGAGGAAAAACUGGGUCUGGAACAUAACACUUUUGGUUGAGAUUAUUCUGAUUUCUCUGCAUUAAUGGAUUUUCUCACAUUAUAAAAGGCUAGAAAAAAUGCAUUUCCUGGUGCAGCAACUGUUUCAGGGGAGGGUGAAAUUGAUGGCCUUGUGGGGACCCUGUGCCCUGUGAGUAGGGAUGUGGGAGGAAUUUGAAUUUUAUGAUGCAGUUCUCCAAAAACCAAUGUUUACAAAAUGGAAAAUGGAAAAAAAGGAAAUGGACUGCCUUCAAGUCGAUUCUGACUUAUGGUGACCCUAUGAAUAGGGUUUUCAUGGUAAGCAGCAUUCAGAGGUGGUUUACCAUUGCCUUUUACAGAAAUUCAUAUAUUAGAGAGAAAUAUAUAUUAAAAUGAAUAGAUUAAUGAAAAAUCGCACACAAAAUUGAUGACAUUAGGAUAAAUGCUUGCAAAAUAUGUGCAUGGGUCAAAAAAUGUGUUUUUUAGGAGAAAAGCCCCCUAAAAUGAUGAUGAAUUUUCAUGAGAAGUUUUUUUUUUAAAAAAAGACUGCAAAAAUAUGGAGAACUGAAUUUAACAUUGAAAAAAUUAGAAACUGAGAGAACCGGAAUUGACAGAUCUUUUCAUCUCUGCAUGGGAGUCUGUCUCAGGAAUGGGGAACCUGUGGCCUUCCAGAUAUUGCUGAAUUCCAACUCCAGUUGGCUUCUCUCAGCAUGGCCAAUGGUCAGGAAUGAUGGGAGCUGUAAUCCAGCAACAUCUGGCAGGCCAAAGGUUUUCCGUACCUGCCCUAAUAUGUGUACCUUUUUUUUUUAAUGAAAGAAAAACACAGUUUGUUAGAAGUGGCAUUCCUAAUCCAUUGAAAAUCUCUUGGGGCAGGGACUCAUAAAAGCUGAGCUAGGUCCCUCUGGCAUUUGGGAGAACUGGUUUGGGACACCUGGUAUUUUUCCUUUUGACACUGUCCUCUCUGUCUUCCUCCCAAUCUGACUCACCCCAAGUAGCCUUUGCAUUUGUAAAUAUAUUUUGCUAACUCAGUGAACUUGAACAAAAUGGUUUUAUAGUAUUACCAAAAAAAAAAUACAAAAAGAAAAACCAGCACGACAGUAGUUUCAGUUAAACUAAAUGUUGGGCUUUACUAUGGGAAACUAGCAUACUCUCCAUCGAAUGCUUCAGUUUUCUUUUUAAUGGAUUCUUUCUAAAUUGUAUAUCUGCAGCCUAAUAAAUACAAUUUGUACUCUCCAA